GGCUGGACAAGAGCAGAGAAAGAAAAAUGUUCAGCGAUAUGACAAAUAAUCAUAGGAUGUUCUUUUUGGUUUGUCUGAGCCUAGUAUUUGUGGUGCUUCCAAAAAAUGUCAUCACUGAAAUCCAAAGAGGUCAGACUUUAUCUCGACAAAAGAGGUAUUUGAUUUUUCCUGAUGGUAGCAACGUGCAGUUAGUCUUCUGCCUAACGAUCGGUGGUCUUGCAAGGAAAGGAGAUUUAGUUGUAGGAAUGACUUCUGCUCUUGCUUGGGAAUUACCAACUAAAGUAGAUCCAAAAGCAACCAAAUUGCUACAUCGUAAGAGUCGAAGCGUGAUCUUUCCCAAGAUAGAAGCUCUCUUACAGUCAGCUGGACUUGACGGAAAAUCCUGCGUGAUGAGGGCGAUCUGCGAAGCAGUACGAAGGGACGAUAGGGAUGUUGGAAGUGGAACUUUUGUUCAGGAACUUCUCCACGCAAUUUUCAAGCUAAAAAAUGAUGGCAAUAUUUUCGAAAGACAAGACCACAGAAUUUAUGAUUUUGCUAAUGAUACGAAGACAAAUUGCGCUGAAGAGUAUCCAGCUUGUCGACACUCUAUCUACGAGCUUGACUUUUGACAUUUUGAGGUCGAAAUUAAGAUUUAACGAGUCAUUCAUGCUUUUAAAAGUUCCU